AUGUCGAUUGUUCAAGAAAAUGCAUGCGUCCUGAACGCCCAACUUGAUCGCUUCCAACAGCACUUCGCCCGCCCGGAGAAGCUUCUGUACAUCGACGAUGUUCCCCCUCCGCUUGUUCGCAGUUUACAGAAUGUAGUCAACUCUGUAUCGGUGACGUCAAAGACCCAGCCGCUCUUGUCUCCCAGUCGUUUGGUCGAACUGCUGUCCGAUCCUGCUUUAACCCACACUCCACCGACGGCAGGGGCCUGGACGGACGAUGCAGCAGAUUAUCUAUGGCUGGUCGCUGCCAAGGCGGCUGUGCAGGCAUCCGGCCUACUCAUGAAGACUUUGCUCGAUCAUACUUUGCAGCUGCAUGAGGAGACGUAUUAUUGGAAUGAGGUGCUCGGGUCUAUGUGGCACAGUGGUCUGUAUGCGGCUCAAACGUCGCCUGUGCGGCUAUGGCACUGGACCAAAGAUAUCUCUCCAGUUUGGAAUUCCAAUCAAACCCAAGGCUACCUCUCGACAUCUGUCGCCGCUAAAUGGGCCCGGUUUCACCAGAUCGCCCGGCAAUGUCUGCGGGGAAUGUCGGAAUAUCCCCUUCAUCUUAACUUGUCAUCCCCCAUCCGAUCAUGCCGGUCUGAAAUUCGCCAGAAAAGAGACCUUUUACUGAAUAUGAAGGAUAUUCACACCAGCAGUCUGGGGCUUCUCAUGGAAGGCUGGCAUUCCUUCCAAGCGAAAGACUUCGCCUCUGCCGAUUAUACUGGAGAAAGGAGACAGUGGCAGGAGGCAGUAAACAGGACGGUUGUCCUGACCGAGGCCAUCCUGCAGCAGGUGGCCGGCCCGUCCAGUACCGUUGAAUUCGAACAACUGGUGUCUGCGACCCUUGAACAGAACACGGCGAACCUCCAAAUACAGAGCGGUCUUUCCUCCAAUCAGCCUAUCCAUCUGAUCCAGCGCCUUACUCAUAUCCUUCACGACCAGUUGCCGAAGCAUAAAGCCUCCAUGUCCGUUUUUAUCAGUGAUCAUGGGCGCCCAUCAAGGCUUACCCGGUACUGGCUACCGGUAUUGGCGGCGACUAUGUCAAGCAGUGCAUCUCUACGGCUGUUACUUCAUCGCCAGGAUGAGAUCAUUCAAUGGAUUGUCAAUAUUGGAGGCACCAUCAUUGACUUCGGCAGCAAUUGGGUGGUGGAACCCAUCCACAAACUCGUCGGAACCAUCCGACACGAUGAGAAAAGCGAGAUUGCUAUCAUGAGUAAGAACAGCCUGUUGGCUGAUCGAGCCAGCCUGGAGAGGAUGGUGAUCGACUUUGUCCGUGACCGUCCCGACCCCGAUCAAAGUCACAUGCUGGGGCAAGAUACCACCGCUAUUACCAACGCCGUGAAGGAGGGGGAUCUGACGCCAGUGCUAAGAGCCUACGAGAGGGACCUACGAUCACCCUUUGUUGGGACCGUGCGAGGCGAUCUCAUUCGCGCUCUUCUGAUCCAGAUUCAGAAAACCAAGGUGGACGUGGAAAUUGCCAUCAGUGGCAUCAAUGCUCUUUUGAAAAGCCAAGAGCUCGUAUUUGGCUUUGUUGGCCUCACGCCCGGGAUUCUCGUCUCGUGGGCCACUCUGCGGUGGAUGUUUGGGCUCUUCGGCAACCGAAGAGGUCUUCGAAGAGGCAAGCGCCAGCAUGAGCUGCGACGCGGAUUACGCAAUGUUACUCGGGUUCUGACUUCUGCGCCGCUUGGCGAUGGGGUGAUAUCACACAAGGACUCGGGUCGACUCAUCUACGAGGCCGAGGCUCUUCUCCAGCAGGUGCAAGGGGUUCUUGGGGGCAUGCAAUAUCGAGAAUUCCGGGAAGAUAUCCAGGACUUACUCGAUGUGGAGAGGGGAGUCGAUAGGCAGCUUCGGGUGGUGGAGAGGAUGCGAUGGGCAUAUUUCCACUAA